AUGGCCCUUUGUUCAUUCUCUUUCACAAAAUUUCUUGCUUUGAUUUUGAUAAUUGCUCUUUUCAAAAGUGGCCACUCUAGAUAUUUAAUCCCCAUUGAAGACUAUGAACCCCCAAGAGCUAAUCAUUGUCUUAGUAUUGGUCAAUUUUAUGUUUGUCCACCUCAUAGAGGAGAGAGUCAUGGCACGAAUCCCGAAGCGCCAUCGCUAAAACAAAGGAAAGAGAGUCACGACACGAAUCCUGAAGCACCGCCGCUAAAACAAAGGAAAGAGAGCCACGACACGAAUCCUGAAGCACCACCGCUAAAACAAAGGAAAGAGAGCCAUGGCACGAAAGAGAGCCUUGGCACGAAUCCUGAAGCACUGCCAGCAAAACAAAGGGGAGAGAGUCGUGGCACGAAUCCUGAAGCACCACCACGAAAACAAAGGAAAGAGAGUGGUGGCACGAAUCCUGAAGCACCGCCACUAAAACAAAGGGGAGAGAGUCAUGGCACGAAUCCUGAAGUACCACUACUAAAACAAAGAAAAGAGAGUCGUGGCACGAAUUUUGAAGCACCGCCACUAAAACAAAGAAAAGAGAGUCAUGACACGAAUCCUGAAGCACCGCCAGCAAAACAAAGGGGAGAGAGUCGUGGCACGAAUCCUGAAGCACCGUCGCUAAAACAAAGGAAAGAGAGUCGUGACACGAAUCUUGAAGCACCCCCGCUAAAACAAAGGGGAGAGAGACGUGGCACGAAUCCUGAAGCAACGCCGCUAAAACAAAGAAAAGAGAGCCAUGGUACGAAUCCUGAAGCACCACCACUAAGACGAGUAAAUUAA